AUGGGAAACAACAGAGCGACUAACGAUGAUCUUCUACGGAAAGCACAGUGGGGAAUUUCUAUGCGACUACUACCUGUCAUGGUGAGCCUAUGGGCGCUGAUACUUAUGGGUGUUAUUGGCAACAUUCUUACUAUUGUUUUCUAUGUUAAAAGAUCCAAACGUACAACACCAGUAAUCUUGAUAAUAUGUCUAGCUGUUGCUGACUUAGCAACCUGUGUCACGGCGAUUCCAAUUAUUUCCGAGAUGGCAACAAAUGUUAGAUAUUCUCAAAUUAUCCUUUGUAAACUGGCACAUUUUGCUGGACUAUGGGCUGGUGCUUGUUCAAGUGCCAUAUUAUGGACCAUUUCGAUUGAUAGGUAUAGAAAAGUUUGCCGUCCUCUUGGUAAACAGAUGACAGUAACGACUGUAAAAUAUUUAGUCAUUGGAAUAACAUCAAUUUCGUUAUUGCUUUCUGUUAGGAUGUUAGUAACAUUUGAUGCUGUGAAUGUAAAUAUUACCAUUCCUAACAUGAACGAGACUGUUGUUGGGAGUUUCUGUGCUGCACGCGAAGAACAGGAGUAUAAACUUGUCGGGUUAGUUUUCUAUCUUAUUGAUUUUAUACUGGUAGUAAUGGUUUGGAUGACUGUAGUGGUAACAUAUUCAAAAAUUAUAUAUACCAUAGCCAGAAGAAGAAUUUCAAUGGGUAAUUCAUUCAUUCGUUCACAAAGAGAACAAAGAGUUAAACAAUCAAGAAAAAUAAAAGGAAAAUGUUCUGUAGAGGAAGACGAAAUCACUAAUCAUGGACGUUGUUAUAGCAGAGACAUUAAUAGUUUACAGUUUGAUGAUACGUCAUUAUCUGAAAGUAAUACAGACAAAACCCAUAAAUAUGCUAUAGCCGAAACUAACGGUGAGCAAAGAAAACAACAAGUAAACAACUCAUCCAGCCAAAUGAAGAAAUUAACCUUUGCAUUUGCGAGUGCCAAGAAACCAUCAGAAUUGAAUCUGACCCUUAUGAUGUUUGCAGUGUCGAUGAUUUUUAUUCUUUGUUUAACUCCUUACUUUGUAAUAAGAAUUUUCAUAAGAAUCGUUCUUGUCACCGGAAAUGAGUAUGAUUUUAGUGCUGGAAUUCAGUUUGCUUUAAAACUACCGUAUUUAAACAGCGCUUUCAACCCCGUCAUUUACUGCAUUUUCAAUCCAAAAUUUAGGCGUUACAUAAAAGUGUGGUUUGGUAAAUGCUCCUUUGGUAAGAAGUAUGUGAAUGCAACAGAAUUAUAG